CAGCUUUCACCAGGUAUAACAACAGGUAAUUGACACUAAAUCAAAAGUGAAAGAACCGAGAUAGGAACUUCCUCUUGAGCGGUAUAGAACUCUGUCGAAAAUGACUUCUCUGCUGUCUUGGCAAAUCAAGUGCUCGAUGUGUUUGAGCGAUUUCACCGAUCCAGUCAUGCUGUCCUGCGAGCAUGUCUUCUGUCACCAGUGCAUCACCGGACACAUGAACACCAGCCUGGGUCACAGCCUCUGCCCUGAGUGUUGCAGGCCUUACACUGAGAGAGAUCUGCGCUCCAGUCGACUUGUGAAAAACAUGACGGGUGCCGUGAGACAACAUCUUACAGCACAACAGCAGAAGGAAAAUUCACCCACACAAUCAUCACAAUCUCCGAGUGACACUCUCGUGUGCCCUGAACAUGACGAGAAGAUGAAGCUCUUCUGUGAAACAGACCAGAAACUCCUGUGUGUCGUGUGCCGCGAUGGAGAGAAACACAAAGGUCACAGUUUUAAACCUGUAAAAGAAGCUGCUGAGAUAAUCAAGGGGGUAGUAAAGGGUGCUGUGGGUUUCCUCGUCAAGGAGAACGGACAGCUAAAUGGCAUGACCCAGAAACAGGCAACUGAGGUCACAAAGACCCAGAUGAGGUCCAAAGAGCUAUCAAAUCAGAUAUCUGCUCAGUUCGAAGAGAUGCACCGCUUCCUAAAGAAGAAAGAGGAGGAAAUAAAAAAGCAUUUGGAGACUCAAGAGCAAGACACCGUCACAACCAUGUGCAAAAACUCAACCGCCAUCAAUGAAAGACUGAUGGAUGGAAAAGAGUUAGAGUGUAUUUUUCAGUCUGCAUUGGAAAUUAAUCAGCCUGAGUUCUUUUUACAGUGGUGGAAUGAAAAAGGAUUUCUGACUAUAGAAAGGAUGAAAAACAACAGGACUCCAGAUAUCAAGUACAAGUCAUGGGUUAAAGAUCUUAAUGUGAUUCCACACUCCUUCUUCCUUGGCCCUUACGAGACUCACCUGCAGUUCUUUGUAUGGAAAGCCAUGUUGGGAGCUGUCAAGCCAGUUCCAGAGCUCUUCAGCAUGAAGGAUCCUGGAGACUCAUACCUGAAGGUAUCACCAGGAAAAACAAGCAUACGGCAGGCAGACAGACAGUCUGGUUAUUACAAAGAAUACAAUCCAGGUGUCAUCUCUGAAGAGAGCUUCCAGUCUGGCCAGCACUACUGGGAGCUAGAAGUUGGGAACAAGUUAGACUGGAGUAUAGGGGUUAAGCCAGAAGUGGAAAGUAGAUCCAAAAAAGUCAAAUCAAAAGAUCCAAAAGACAUAUAUUUUGAGCUUGUAAAUGGCAAAGGAUAUGUCCUCAGUAGGAAUGGUAAAGAGAUUCCCAUUGAGGUCAAGAGAAAGCCCAGUAAAAUAGGGCUCUAUCUGGACUGUGACAGAAAACAGAUCUCCUUCUACGAUGCAGACAUCAUGACUCAGAUUUUCAUAACCAACUACAAUUCAGCCCUGCCCUGCUCCAUUAGUCUAUUCCCAGGAGUUUACCUGGAUGGAAAAAACAUCGACCCAGUCACAGUAUGUUCGUAUGAGUUCAAAUCUGCUCACAGUCCAUGAUACUAGCCUGGAAUUCUGAAUGAUCUCAAACCUUUCAGAUGUCUUUUAAAGACACAUCUUGAAUUGCACAAUGAGGUUAAUAUUCUCAGGGUUUAGGCAUUUAAACCAUUUGAAAAUAAUUCAUCAUAUUUCUGCUUUGGCUUGAAACUGAUAAAGGGGAGCAUACAGAAACCUGAUUACAAUGAGGACACCUGCUUGUGGUGAAAUGCAAAUUUCCUUAAGAAGCUUAUUAGCAAGCUGAUGAAUAUUAAUGAUCUUCAAGGGUGUGCGUCAUGUAUAUUAAUGUAUAGAUAGAUGGAUGGAUGGAUGGAUGGAUGGAUGGAUGGAUGGAUGGAUAGAUAGAUAGAUAGAUAGAUAGAUAGAUAGAUAGAUAGAUAGAUAGAUAGAUAGAUAGAUAGAUAGAUAGAUAGAUAGAUAGAUAGAGGUAUCACUUAGUAUGCACUUCAUAGAAAACUCUUUUCAGUUCUUCUGUUGUUCCUCUGGGGAACCUUUAAUAUUUUAUGUAAAUACUUUUAUUCUAUCAAAAAGGGCUCCGAGCAUCCUUACUUAUUCAAAGAGCACUUACACACUUCCUUUUUUCCAAAAGGGUAUUCGUCUAACCAUGCUGUAUGCUAGAUCAGAACAUUUCUUAACCAGUAUAAAGUGAAACAAAAAUAUUAUCUUAAAUAUGGUGCACAUGUGUAGGCUGUUAACCAAAGAGACAUGGGUACUUUACUUUACAUAAACUUUUAUAUAUUUUCUACUCUUUCUCUGUAGAUAUCUGAGUAGAUGGAAAUAAGAUUAUAUGUCUAAAACAAUGACUUAAAUUUUCAAUGAUUGAGAAAUUGUUUUAAAGACUCUUAAUUAGUUGUCACUCUCGUCUGUUCGUUACACCUGCUUUCUAUUCAUGCGUUCCUUGUUUUUUAUUAGUUAUUAGUUUAACACGGUUCCUGUUUUGUGGUUAAUCAUUCUCUGUCAUUUUGAACAUCUGUGCUUUUUAAGCCUGUUUUUACGUGUCCAAAUAAACCUCAAUA